GCCCUGGCCGUUGGUUGUGUCCGCAUAGCCGUCCCAACCCACACACCGCCCUAUUACAGUACAGUGAUGUACACAUACUAUGUUGGGUACUCCAGCAGGAUAAAGAGUGUGGAGACAGGCAUGAGGAGAAGACGUGGAACAGUGCACCUCCGACACGUCGUUCCAGGAACACAAAUCAAGGUCAUUUUGCAUGGAACCUUGGCAUGGGUCCCAGCCAUUGCACAUCUGUCGUCAGCCACUGUUGUACACGUGAUACUGUCAUAGAAUGAGAUUGGUCCAAGAAGGGACACACUCACGACUCACGACCCUGUCCGUUGCCUGAGCGGUUAUCAUGGACAAGUGGUAGAUAGCAGACACACUCUGCAUUGCUUGACUCUCUGUGCCAAUUUUGCGUAACAUGCAUUUUUGGGCGACAGCAUCUGUUACCAUGCACCAGUAUAGUGGAACACUUGCCUUGCCAGAAUAUCUAAAGCAAUUACUCAGCCUAUACUCAGCCUUUACCUCGUUUGUUCCUUUCCCUGAUUCCAGAUGCAAGUGGAGCGGCCUAGAAGAAGCCCGUGUCUCUGUUUUUGACACGGUGUUCGAGUGAUCAUCCCUGAAAGUGGAACGUACAUGUACAUAAGUGCGUGCGUGAGGUGUCGUCUCUCUGCUGGAUCAAGGAAGCGGCGAAGGCAACGUGCGAUUAACUCAUAUGUUACCAGCGGGUAACUCAUAAUAAGCCGAAACCAGCGUCACCACCACCUCCCUGGCCACAAUGUCAAAUUGGCUGAAACGCUUCCGACGUCAGGAUAAAUCGGCGUACGAAGCGGCCGAUCCGUUCGUCGUUAGCGCCCGCAAGACUCUCGGCAGUCACUCUAGCGGCAAUUUAGGUACACACCAGUCGAACGAAUGGUCAAGUUUUGGGUAUGAUUAUGAAAGUGACUCGUUGCAGGAGCGCGAUGGGUCUCCAAUACUACGGCGAUAUGCAAGAUCUCACCACACACAACCAGCGUCUGACAGCGGGCAACGAGCUGCAUCAUCAGCCUUGCUUGCCAGUUGCAGCUGCUCGCACGCACUAGCUACCGCCACGAAUGAUGACAGCAGAUCUAGAGCUAGCCGUGCAAAAGACACACUGGCGCACGUCAACUGGCCGGAGGUCGCUAUCGAGCCAACUCCCCGCUACGAUCAUUUUCUAGCGGAAGAGGAUACGGAUAGCGAUGGCAGCAGUCAAGGUACGACAACAUUUGUUGGUGAAUACGAGGACGGAGGCGAGCAUAGGUACUAUUUAUCAGAACAGAGCGCUCCGCAGAGUUUGCAAGCCGCUUCAGAAAGGGACGACGAUCAAGAAUCGCGGUGCGGAAGUGAGCGGUCAUAUGGACCUUGGUGGUUGCGGAAUUCGACAGUGACGACUCCGUCGACAACGUUGACAUUUGAAGGCGUUCAGGACCGUGCAUGGAGAAUGGAGGGCAAAGUGUCAGACAAAAGUGGCAGUUUUCAGUCCAGUCUCAGUACCACCACUUUCAAUGGCGACCUCGAGAGUGAAGAUGCUUUGGAGAGUGCACUUGACGAGCGGAAUGCAGCGCUUUUGGCACAAUCUAUAGCGGAGCGUAAAUUAGUGCUGAUGACGGCUCGUCGCGACCACUACGCUCGCCGCUACUACCGUGCAUGCGAGCAGUGCAAAGGUCUGAAGACCACCGUCAACGCGCUGCUGCAGGAAGUGGAUCACGCUCACCAUCAACAGCGCACACUGGCUGCGGCGCUCAAACUGGUCACUGACUAUAGGGAUACUGCCAGACGGCCGCUGUCGGAAAAGAGUGCAGAAGCCAGCACUAGUUCUAGCAGCAGCAGCAGCAGCAGCAACAACAGCAGCAAGAGGUCACUCUGUGGAAGCAACAGCAGCUCUAGCAGUUCAAGCAGUGGCAGCACGGAUGCCUGUUCUGUCAGUUUGAAGUGCUCAAGAAAUGGAAAAGCAAAUUGCCCAUCCACAAAGCUGUCAGCAGCUAGCACACAUUCACUGGCUGAUAACAGUGAGCAUGAUAAGGGGGAUGGCAAACUGCAACAACAGCAACACCUACAAGAACAGAAACAACAGCAGGAGCAACACCAGAAGCAAGACCAGCAAGAGCAACACAAUCAGCCGCAGAAGGAACAGCUGGACACAAGGAAUAAAGUCUGUUCUCCUGUGGACACUGUUGGUGGUUGCCAAGGUGAUGCCGAGCAGUCCAGCACCCUAGUGACAUCACCGGGCGAGCAGUCUAACAGCCUAGUGACGUCAUCGGGAUACACUACGGGACACAGUAACGGGAGCAGUGAGCCGACGUCUCCCGAAGUGAGUCGCGAUGUCGCUACCACUACGACAGCUGCUGCGUCCAAUGGCGUGGAGAACCGCAGCGAGAGUUGCAGCAGCCAAGUGCCAGUCGAUAUUACAGCUAGAAGUAAUGUCGGUGCUAUGUUGGCCACCAAUCCAGAGAAACAUCGCAGUGCAUUCAGUAUGGACCGGGCACAACAGAUCCUGAGAGAGAGGAACGCAUGUAACAGAGUCGGUGGUGUUGCGCAACUAAGACGCAACAGCACCGGUACGUGCGGGACACUCCAGGACAGUAAACCUGACAGCGGUAGCGUAACAAGAAGCGGCGUUGACAGCACUGUGAAUGAUGACUCUACCGCUACCACAGGUCUUUCUUUAGCAUCGGUAUUACUAGCCGGCAAGCCUCGUUUCGGCACGAUUCUCUCCCGUAAGUUAUCAGACACCCUCAAGAAAUCUGACAUUGCACGAGUGCCUCACCUGAAAACCCAGCGUUCUGCUAGCACAACAAUGCUGGCCUCCAGCUAUUCUCCCGAGAUAAAGCUCACAGCCGCACUGCACAAUUCAGUUGAUGCUUGUCAUGAUGAUGAUAACCAUGGCGACGGCAAGCUCUUGCGUCCGCGACAUGCCUUGCGACAAAGCUCUAGUCAUCGUGUUCUGUCUCGCUCCGAUGCUGUCGACCAUGAUGUUCAGAAAGACAGCAGCAGCAGCAGCAGCAGAAAGAACACCAUUGCAUCACUGUCGUCAAGCUCUCAACUUGCCCCAGGUUACGAGGAGAUGUGUAUGGUGUCGCAGUCACUGAAGAAUCUCCAGUCGUUCCGAAGCAACGUGCUGACAUUGUCAACAAAACACCUGGAGGACGCUCAAAGCAAAGCAUGUGAUGGUCCUCCGGCCCACAGUGAGCCUGACGACAGUUCACAGAUGGACAAGGUGAUGAAAAUGUGCAGUCAGUUCGAGCAGCAGCUGCACUCAGCCCUGAACGAGCUCAGCUGCAACACUCUGGAGAUGAUGUCAUCCUCCACGGACAUUACAUCAUCAUCUACGGACAUUACAUCAUCGUCCAAGGACAUCAUAUCGUCGCCAUUGAUGAAGAAUAUUCUGGACGGCCAGUCACCAUCGCAAGACACACUCGAUUUCAAAACCCGGAACGCAGGCAAAGCUAGUGGGAAAUCGAGCAGGUGUCAUCGUCAACUCAGCCUUCCGAGUUUGGCCGCGGAGGGCAAUGUGAAAUCAUUGCUGGCAUCAACCGGUGUUGGCCCUGGUCCUGAGACAUCGUCUACUCUCAGCGUACGCAAGCGGUCAAUGAGCCUUGCACCAAUUCACUCCAGUGUACGAGCGGCUACCAAGACAUUACCAGCUUCAUCAUCACGGUCAACACUAGCGAAGAAAAUUGCAGCGCCCAGAAAGCCCAAUCUCAGCAGCUCAUCAUCAGAGAAUGAUGUCACGCUAUCGGGUGGCGUCGGAGAUCUCAAGGUAACGGCUAUCAUUUCCAGCCUGAGUCGCAUGGGAUUGGCUAAUUCAGCAAGUAAUCGAGACCUAACUGUGAAAAGCAGAUCAGCAACGGGUCACCAUCGCAAGCUGGGACGCACCGACUCGACCGCCCUAAAACGGCACACUACUGCGGUGUGCUGUCGUCAUGACAACAUACCUCCUGCUGUGCAUUGUUCUCUGGAUGGCAGUUUCCUUGGUGACGUGAAACCCACCGCCACGGGACGGUCAGACUCCAGAGUCAGCGCCGCACGCACUGAGGACUGCUUUGAUAGCAGCAACGGCGGUCUAAUCGUCUACCACGACGAACAUCGGUGUUCGAGUGACGAAUCGCUGCUGCACUUCCGAGAGGAGAGUCAUGUUGACCUUCACUCAGAGUCCACAUGCAAGAUAUCUGAACAACAACAACAACCGCAGCAGCAGCAGCAGGAGCGAUUAGCAACCAACCCCAAUGUGAACACUCCAAUCACCAAGACCACCAGCAACAGCAACAGUACUAAGCCCAGGAAACUCAGGCAAACUGCAGCUGGUACCAGUAGUGCUUCCACUGUGCUUGGACUGCAGCUGAAGAGAAGGCCGGUACAGCUUCCACGCAGCGCCAGUGCCGGCGAUGAAAAUGCUGUGCACGUGAAUGAUGUCAUCAUGACAUCAGCAUCACAUUCUGUUGAUCAUCCUGUGAGCAGUCAUGCAGCCACGGGUCACAUGAUCAAUGGAUGUCUGUCAGGGAGUGUGCAGAGAACAUCAGUGGAUAUACUAGCUGGAUCUCCUCAUGUCUGUCUUUUCGAUGUUAUGAAGUGUGACGUCCAGCAACUUGCUAGAGCAAUGUCAAAGACAAAGUCAGCCAUCGAGAGCUUCUGUAUUGACCGCGGUGAUUUGGACUUUGAAGACAUCCUCCUAGUGACAUCAUCACUUAGACGAACAUCGACCGUGCAGAACUUCAGAAUAUUGAACUGUCCUAUCGGGUGUAUUGGAGCAGAGUUGCUCGGAUCGGCUGUGAGGCAUUCAGACAACAUCUCCUUCUUCAGUCUUGACAACAACAACCUUGGUGAUAUGGGUCUGGAAGCGCUGUCAACGUCUUUAAAGCAUUCCCUCGGAUUGGAGAUACUGCAGCUGGGUAGCCAGAACUUGACUGACUCAGCCGUAACUUCCCUUGUUAGCGUAGUGGCCAACUGUAAACGCUUGCACUCACUAAGUAUUGAUGGGCUGCAGUUCUCAAUCCCUGCUUUGGAACAGCUACAAACUGCAGCAAAGUAUUACAACAUCAGCCUGAUCCUAUCACAAGAUCCGCUGCCAGCCUCUAACAAGACCUGUAAGAAAUCAUCCCCCAGUACACUGCAUCAGCUGAGCAAGGACGAAUCCCAGGGCAUCAGCCCGAAUGCAACCGAUAUGGACGCCAUCGUCCAGUCUGUUGCUCCGGUUACCAUACGCUCAUCGACCAAUGAACACAAGCCAGUCACGCGCACCAGCCUGGCACGCCGCUUGUUCCACCGGAGCUCCGCGCCGUCAAGCAGUUUCAGCACGCCGGGUGUGAAAGCAAAUCAACGCCCGGCAACCUUGGCAUUUCCGAUCGAUACUUCCGACUUUGCGUCUGGUCAUCUGACCGCGUCCAGCCCUAAAGCGAUUAAGGCACGCAAGUACCUGAGCCUGAUCGAUACAUCGUCCAGGUCACCCUCCCUAGCACUCAGCCUGCGGCGUACGUCAUUCCCGGCUGCCCAAUCGUCGUCCUCGUCCGCCUCUUCAGUGCGCCACAAAGGCCAGCGAGGAGGUUGCCUGGCACCCGCACAGCGUACAGACUCGAUCAAACUAAAACCCUACAUUCGGUUAGUGCCAGGUGACGGGGUUUCCCCAGGGAUCACCGGGAAGCGACAGAGCUCAUAUUUCUAAGCUGAUCGAGAGUGUCAUCUUGACGGGACACCGACGGACAAAUUAGUGCGUAGAACUCAAUAUUGCGGCAUACCAUCAUACACCUUAAGUCAUCGCACCCCAUGGAGUCCAGAGCAUUAUCCCUGUGGAACACUGGCCAUCCAGGACACUGACCCUGCAUGCCAAUGUGUGUGUGUGUGUGUGUGCGCAUGUGUGUGGAUGUGUGUGAAUCGGUGUGUGAGUCUGUGUGUGUGUGUGUGUGUGUGUGUGUGUGUGUGUGUGUGUGUGUGUGUGUGUGUGUGUGUGAGUGUGUGUAUGUGUGUGUUCACGCGCAUGUGUGUGUGCGUCUGUACUGUUACUUUCAGUUGAAUGAUUUCAAGUUUUGUUCAGCCCGUUUUGCAUUCUGUCAGGACUGCACUGGUAGAAUAAUCAUGAAAUUUAGCACAAUAAGGAGCAUCCAGGAUUAUUAUUAUUUUAAAUUAAAGCAAUUGUUGCCACGUUGAUUCUUCAAAUUCAAUGUAGUUAUUACAUUUCAAUGUGAUAAAUUA